AUGACUAAUGCAGAAUCAGAUACAGUAACAGAAAAUGCAGCAGAAGUACCUAAAGCAGCAAUACUAACAGCAGCAGAAUCAACAGCAGUGUCAGAAGAACCACCAUCAGUAAAAGCAGAAGUAACUCCUCCAGCGUUAGAACCAGCUCCUACAACAGCAACACCAUCUCCUUCACCAGCAGUAGCAGAACAAACUCCUUCACCAGCAAUAGCAGAAGAAAUACCAUCAGCAACAGCAGAAACAACUCCUCCAGCUGCAGAACCAGUUCCUGUAGCAGCAGCACCAUCUCCCACACUGGCAGUAGCAGAGCCAACUCCUUUAACAGUAAUAGCAGAAUCAACUCCUCCACCAGCAGCAACUAAACCAACUUCUCCACCAGCAGAAACAGAACCAGCUCCUCCUCCAUCAUCUUCAGGGGUAGCAGAAAAGAAUAGACAAGUCACAGCAGACCCACAAAAUUACCAAAGAGAAAUGAAGAUUUUUUUAUGGAUUAUUCCAAGGAAGACCAACCGCCACCUAACAUAG